AACAGUAUUGCUUCAUUGCUUGGAAAAUUUGAGAUAAACGGAACAAAAACAAAUUCAGGAUAAAACAAGGUGUCUCCCGAUUUCCAUUCAUUCACUCACUUUCUUCUUCUUCUUCUUCUUCUUCUUCACUUACAUUAUAGGGUUUCCCUCACUCUUUCUAGGGUUUCCUCACACUCCUUUCUCCGAUCAAACUUUGUCGUAAAUAUCUUGCACCUUCAAAUUCAUCGUCUCUGCAGGAAUCCAAUUUCCCCAUCUCUUCAAUCGGGUUGGUCGCUCUCGUUCCAUGUGAAGGAGCAUGUAUUCUUCCAGAGGGAGCGGUGCUUACGGUCAAUCGUACCCGGGUCAAUCCGCAUACGGCCAGAACCUGGGUUCUAAUUUCACUGGAGCUUCUGUUGGAGGACAUGAUGUGGGGCAGCAUUCUGUGGCAUCAAGGCAUUCAGCGAUAUUAGGUGCCUCUCAGGAAGUUGAUGUUGCUGGAUAUCGCCCUCACAGUUCAACUGCUGCACAGUAUGGGGGGCAGUAUAGUGCGGUUUAUGGCUCAUCUGCUUUGAGCAGUGCACAGCAGGUUCCCUCGUUGGGUACCAAGGGAGCUUCAUCAUCAGCAUUAGAUGGUCGUGGAGGUUAUAAUUUGGGUGUUUCGGAUUCGCCUAAGUUUGCUUCUGGAGAAUAUGUUCCGUCAUCUGGUCAUGGAUAUGGUCAUAAGGUUGAUCAAUUGUAUGGUGACAAAGGAUUGGAAUAUUCUGGAAUAGACAGGCGGCAAUAUGGUGAAAGGCAGAGUGCUUAUAUUGGUAGGGACUUGGGUGAUGCAGCUGGACGGUAUGCUGCUGAUCCUAUUGGGUUUAGUCAUCAACAUCAGCAAGCAGAAAUCUAUGACCGCAUUGAUCAGGCAGCUUUGCUUCGACAAGAGCAACUGCUGAAAGCUCAGCCUCUGCAAGCUGCUUCACUUGAUGGGGGUGCUAGACAAGCUGAUUAUCUUGCAGCAAGGACUGCUGCUAGUCGUCACACUGCCCAAGAUCUUUUGUCUUAUGGAGGAAGGAUUGAUUCUGAUCCACGUGCUUCAUCAAUGCUAAGUGCUGCUUCGUAUAGUGGACAGCAUGCACCAUCAAUAUUGGGAGCAGCUCCAAGGAGAAACUUGGAUGAUCUACUGUAUUCUCAGAAUGCUUCAAAUCCUGGUUAUGGAGUGAGCCUACCACCUGGUAGGGAUUACGCUAGUGGAAAAGCACUUCAUGGAAAUGCCAUGGAGUUGGAUUACCCAGGAAAUGCCCUUUCACGUGGUGGGCACAAUGACCUUAAAGAUGACCGUGCUAGCUAUCUACGAGAAUGAUCUUCCAAGGAUCCCCGUGGUACAUCAAAGGAUCCUCGAGGAUCAUCUUUGACAAAGGAUGGGAGAUCUUCACGACGGGACUCCCCACAUCAUGUUGCUUCACAUAGGCACCAUUCACCUGUUAGAGAAAAACGGAGGGAAUAUGUCUGCAAGGUUUACCCAGCCCGUUUGGUGGAUAUUGAAAGGGAUUACCUCUCGAUAGAUAGGCGAUACCCCCGACUCUUUGUCUCUCCUGAAUUUUCUAAGGUUGUUGUGAACUGGCCAAAGGAAAACCUGAAACUGUCUAUCCAUACUCCUGUCAGUUUUGAGCAUGAUUUUAUUGAAGAAGGAAGUUUCACCGAGACUAGGGAAUCAUCUGGCAAGCUUUUGAUGGGACAACCUCCAAAUUCAAUACAAGGAAAUACAGUAUGGAAUGCUAAAAUAAUCUUGAUGAGUGGACUUAGUAGGGGUGCAUUGGAGGAGCUGUCAUCUGAUAAAAUUUUAGAUGAUCGCAUUCCUCAUAUUUGCAGUUUCCUUAAGUUUGCGGUCCUUAAGAAGGACCAUUCUUUCAUGGCAGUUGGUGGCCCAUGGGAACCAGUUGAUGGUGGUGAUCCAUCUGUUGAUGACAACUCUCUGAUUAGAACAGCGCUCAGAUAUGCAAAGGAUGUUAUCCAGCUUGAUUUGCGUAAUUGUCAACAGUGGAACCGUUUUCUAGAGAUACACUACGAUAGACUUGGAAAAGAUGGUUUCUUUAGCCACAAAGAGAUCACUGUACUGUAUGUUCCUAAUUUGUCUGAUUGUCUCCCCAAGUUGGAUGAAUGGCGUGAGCAUUGGCUUGCCCACAAGAAAGCUGUGGUUGAGAGAGCACGCCAACUUGCUUUGAAAAGAGAGAACACAAGAGAUAGCAAGGAAGCUUCUAAAGACAAAUUGGAUAAGAAGAAGGAAUCUGCCUCAUCUGGACAAUCUGGAGAUGCUAAGAAAAAGGAGAAAGAUAGCAAUAAUGUUAAGGUGGAAGCUGAAGAGAAAACUGCAGUAGAUAAUUCUAAAACUUCUAAACAUGAUGGCUCUGACAUUGGUGAAGGAGGCAAGAAUGCUGAGAAAAAACAGCCCGAAGCUGAUGCUUGUCAGACAUCAGGGAGUGUGAAAUCUGUAAAGAAGAAGGUUAUAAGGAAGGUUGUAAAGCAAAAAGUUGUCAACAAGGCAAAUGAUGCCACAAACAAGCAACUCGAUAAAUCAGAUGAGAAGAAUGGUGUGGAGAAAAUAGAAACAUCUACUGUUCCGGUUGAGGGCGAGAAAUCUUCUGUGGGUCCUGAUGGGAUUCAGGAUGCUACGAAUAAUGUAGUUUCCAAGGAUAUUAUUAUGAAUAAUACUGAUGGGGAAGAGGGGAAAGAUAAGGAUAUGAUUAGUUCUGAAGACAAACCUCUAGAUAAGCCAGAAACAGUGGGCAAUGCUACUAUUAAAACAAUAAAGAAGAAAAUUAUCAAGCGGGUACCAAAAAAGGUGGUUGGUGAAGCAUCAAAAACUCUUCCUGAGACUAAAACUGGAGGGAACGUAGAGGCAGUUAAAGCAGAAGACGGUACCCAGAGCACGAGCAAGCAGAUUGCUGGUGCAGGUAUUGCAGCGACACAAGGGAAGAAAGCUAUGAAGGUGGUUCCUAAGAAAAAGUUAAAAACACCUACCACUGUAAAGCAAAAUGAUACAUCUGCUUCCAAUAAAACUGAAACAAAAUCUGACAAGGAUGACAAGAAGUCUGAAGAAAAUGUUGUGGCAGGCCAAGCACAAGAUGUCACUCAGAACAGGGGUAGGCAGACAGCUGAUGCGGAUACCUCAGUGACAGAAGUGAAGAAAACUGUGAAGGUAGUUUCUAAAAACAAGUCAAAGGAAACCUCUGAAAAGCAAGAUGGUGCAGCUGAUUCCAAUAAAAAUGAAAUGAAGUCCAACAAGGAUGGCAUAAAAGAUGAAAAGGACGUUGGAAAAAUUGGAGCCAAGUUAGAGAAACAGAAAGCCUCUGAGAAAGAUGUUCACAAUGUUAAAGGGAAAUUGAAAGAUGGGGAUAAGGCAAAAGACAUGAAAGGAACAAAAGAUGGAGAUAAGUCGAAGGACAUGAAAGGAACAAAAGAGAGAGAUGGAAAAGACGAGUCUAGAAGCAAAUCUAGUAGAGAAUUGAAGGAGAAGAAGAAGUCCGAUGAGCCUCCUCGGCACCCUGGAUUUGUUCUUCAAACAAAAUGGACUAAAGAUUCUAAACUUCGUUCGUUGUCAUUGUCACUGGAUUCGUUGCUGGAUUAUACUGACAAAGAUGUUGAAGAAUCGACACUUGAGCUUUCAUUGUUUGCUGAAUCAUUUCAUGAAAUGCUCCAGUUUCAAAUGGGUUGUACGAUUUUGGCAUUUCUUCAGAAACUGCGCAUUAAGUUUGUGACGAAAAGGGCCCAGCGAAAGAGGCAGAGAGAAGAGAGCCAUGAGAAGGAUAGUGAAAGUAAAUCACCUUCAAAACGUACAAAGAAAGAUAAUCCUCCUGUGAAGAGUGAGCCUGCAGAUAUGGACACAACAGUUCCAACCGAAGGAGACGAUGAUAAAAUUGUUGUACAGAAAGGUAAGCCUGGUGGUGAAAAAGAGGAGGAUAAACCUGUUGAGAAGGAGGAUGUGAAGAUGGAAGAUGGAUCAGACGAGGAGGAAGAUCCUGAGGAGGAUCCUGAAGAAUAUGACGAAAUGGAAAAUGGUAGUCCGCAACAUGAUUCAUCUGAGUAUAAAAAUGCUGAGCAAGAGGCCAAUACAGAUGUUGAAUCCAAAAAUAUUACUGGCAACGCAAAAGCUGCAGAAUCUUCUAAAGAGGAAACUAAGGUUAUAAUAGAAGAGGUGAAAGAAUCCAAGUCUGAUGCACAUUCCACCGAAGAGAAGGAAGGAAAGGUUGAUAAAAUAAAGAAAGAAUCCCCUGCGGUUAAGGAGGCUGUUGUGGACAAAGAACUUCUUCAGGCUUUCCGAUUCUUCGAUAGGAAUCAAGCUGGCUACAUUAGAGUUGAAGACAUGAGAUUAGUCGUCCACAAUCUAGGGAUGUUCCUUUCUCAUAGGGAUGUUAAGGAACUUGUACAAAGUGCAUUAUUGGAGAGCAACACUGGGAGGGACGAUCGGAUACUCUAUAAUAAGCUGGUGCGGAUGACUGAUGUUUGAAUAUUUGAUGCAACCUAGGGUCUCUCUCACUCUUAUUUAUUUAUUUUAUUAUUAUUGGGUGAAAGGACGUGCUGCGUUUCUUGUAAUGCAUGGAUGUAACUCAUAAUAACAUUCUGUCCACUCAACUCCCCCGGAUUCCCAUAAGUUCUGCUAUUAGAUUUCAUAGUUGAGUUUGAUCAUUUACUAGAUUCCCGUGAUUUUCUACAUUUAUCCACGUUAUAUGGCGGGGCAUGGGUAAUUGGAACCCCUCUGCAGUCAUGCAUGAGCAUGGUUAUUAGAAGUUUAGAAGCGAAUCAGCAACGGAAUCACUCA